AAACGCAAUAUCAAAGCAGUUAGGCAAAACGUUCGGCACGCGCACCAUGUGUAUUGCAUCGCGCAAGGGACGGUCGCCAGCAGUCGUCGUCGGAUCAACGUCGUACUCGCACACGCGUUUUCCGCGAUCACUGUAAUAAAAAUAUCUUGUCCGUCGUAUAUUGUUAUUAUUCGUCGUUGUUAUUACGUAUUAUUAUUAUUAUUAUUAUUAUUAUUAUCGAUAUUGUUGACGAAAGAUUUAUAAUAUUUUUCUGAUAACUUUUCUACUUCUGAAGACACAAUUACACGCCACUGGACCGAGGAAAACGGUAAUUUAACAUCUCGUAUUGUUUCCGCUAAUCUUUCACGUCCGAUGUGCACGGACUUCACUAAAGCACACUGCCGACGACGCAGCCGCCGCCGUCGCCGUACCCGAGAUGCUCCUCCGAAUGUGGCUUCUCGUCCGCGUCCCACCGACGACGAUGGCACGCACCGGUCUCUGAUCAGCUCGGUCCUGCAGCCACGACUACCGUAAAUGUUGCACUAAAAACAUUGAAAUAGCACACCGUCGCGAUUACCAUGCACCAAGAACAGUUCGUGUACUCGACGACCGUAGACGUACAGCAGUACGUCGGUCCGUACAGGUUGGAGAAGACUCUGGGCAAAGGACAAACAGGAUUAGUGAAGCUCGGCAUUCAUUGCGUUACUGGGAAAAAUGUAGCAAUAAAAAUAAUUAACCGCGAGAAGCUGAGCGAGUCGGUGUUAUUAAAGGUGGAAAGAGAGAUUGCAAUAAUGAAACUCAUUGAUCACCCGCAUGUGUUGGGCUUGUCUGACGUCUACGAAAACAAACGAUACUUAUACUUAAUACUGGAACAUGUGUCCGGUGGCGAACUGUUUGAUUACUUAGUUAAAAAGGGGAGACUGACGCCCAAAGAAGCUAGAAGAUUUUUUCGACAAAUUAUAUCUGCGUUGGAUUUUUGUCACAGUCAUUUAAUAUGUCACAGGGAUUUAAAACCGGAAAACUUGUUACUGGAUGAAAAGACCAACAUCAAGAUCGCCGACUUCGGUAUGGCAUCCUUGCAGCCCAACGGCAGCAUGCUUGAGACUAGUUGUGGUUCUCCACACUACGCGUGUCCUGAAGUUAUCCGAGGUGAGAAAUAUGAUGGUCGGAAAGCAGACGUUUGGUCGUGUGGUGUAAUAUUGUACGCAUUGCUGGUCGGCGCGCUACCCUUCGACGAUGACAACUUGCGCCAACUGUUAGAGAAGGUGAAAAAAGGCGUUUUUCAUAUACCACAUUUUGUACCACCGGAUUGUCAAAACUUGCUUCGUGGAAUGAUCGAAGUCAACCCGGAAAAACGGUUAACCUUGAAAGACAUAAACAAACACUCAUGGGUUAUUGCCGGAGGUAAAGGAGAAGUGCACUUAGGUAUGUCAAUGAUAGAUGUCAUACAAACCCAUAUAAUUCCGUCCGCAAACGACUUAGACACCGACGUUCUUCAAGCCAUAUCAAGUUUAGGCUGUUUCAAAGACCGGGAAAAACUCAUCGCUGCUUUGUUGAGUGUUGAUCAUAACACUGAAAAAGUGAUUUAUUUUCUAUUACUCGAGCGCAAAAAACGACGACCAGCUAACGAGGACGACACAGUUGCAGUGAAAAACAUCAAAAACAGCUUCGAUCCGCCAAAAAAGCGAGUUGAUACGUGUAAAAUGAUCGACGACAUCGAUAGUAAUUUUUCUCAAAUCAGUGCUGGAUCUCCUGCUACGCCACGAAAACAAAUGCUACAAAAUCGUAUCUACUAUAGGAGAGGAAGUUACAACAACGUAAGUUCUGCAGGCGGCAACAUGUGCAGCGGUUCAAGUUUAGCCAGUUCCUCGACGUUAGCUGGUAUAUUAUCACCUCUUCCUCAAAGGUCAAAUAAUUCAAACUAUCGUUACCACAAUCACCACAAGAGUCAGCAGUCGAAAAACCCAUCGAUAUCCUUGCAUGGCAAUUACAUUUCUGCGCACAACCAAACAUUGGACACAAACAGCUCAUGUUCGGCACCUGUGCCCCCGUCGCCCGUGCACCACGCGAAACAGGCAAAAGUUGAAGUACCUUCGUCCCCGAACCACAUGGUCAUUUGCACACCUCCGGGAUCACCUCAACACCUGUCCAACCAUUGGAAAUCGAGGCUUACAUCGAUCCGAAACAGCGUACUGGGAUCGCCAAAAUUCCACAGACGUAAACCUCAAAUUGACAUGGACACACCAUAUAAACCAACACCGGAAUCUUCUCCGGAACUAACAAAAAAAUCGUGGUUUGGAAGUUUGAUGGCGUCUGAGAAAGACGAGACGUUCACUAUUUUAAUAACAGGAAAGCCGCUAUCCACCGUAAAGGCUGACUUAAUCCACGCUCUGCUUUCGAUUUCCGAAUUGAGCCACACCGUAAUUAAUGCUCUAUCAUUCCGGGUGGAAUACAGACGUGGAUCCGGCGGCACAGCGAUGUUUCAGAGACAAGUACGAUUCCAAAUUGAUUUAUCGGACGUCACGAAUACGCAUUCUCCCAGGGACUAUCUGUUCGCCAUUAUAUUCACGUUGCACUCCGGUAAUAUAAGACGUUUCCGGAGAGUCUGCGAACACAUUCAGACACAAAUGUGCGCGAGGAAAGCGCCGUCUUCGCCCCGGGCGGCUAGAAAAUUUAACACAGAUUUAUCGGAAAGCUCGAGUUGUGGAUCAGAUACGUCCGAGAGAUUGUCACCAUACGUAAAUUUAAGAAACGUCGAAUCGGACAGAGACGACAAGAAUAAGAGACUGAUCAGCCAUCAAGACGGCAAAGGCGGUUACUGUAUCCCGAACAGCCGACAGAGGAGACGGAGUUCGAGUCUGGCCAACAACAACAAUUUCAACAGCAGCAAUAACAAUUCCAUGGCGAACGCACCGGCGGGGGCCAACGGCCGCAACGAAGCGCCGCCGCCGACUAGAUCCAACAGCGAAACGAAACCGGCCGACGGCGCUUACAUAUCGGUAUCGGGAUCGAUGUCUUGAUUGCCAAAAACCAUGAAAUAAUAUUGUCUAAAACCAUUCCUGUGUUUUUUUUUUCGAGUCAAUGUACAUGUCGUGUAUUGUUAUAAUCAAAGGUGAAACAUUAACUUGUUAAAGAGUUUUAGUUGGAAUAAAUUAUUCAAAAUUGUUGACUUAAACUAGUUCAAUCGACUGUUGAAAUAACUUAGCUUUUUUUUUUGUUUGACUUAAAAU